CGCCACCUCCUGAUCUAAUCGCGUCUCGAAUAUCUGUGCCGAUCAUCUCAUCAUCCUUGUUCGUUCGAGCCCCUUAGACGGCCCCUCAACACGCGACGACAUGGCCAACAGUUCGGACAAGAUCUCCAUCACUAUCUGUGGAGAUGGAGGAUGCGGAAAAUCAUCCAUCACCCUGCGUUUGGUGCGCAGCCAAUGGAUUCAUGAAUAUGACCCGACCAUCGAGGACUCAUACUCGGUCACCCGAACGAUCGACGGCCUCCCGUACUUCCUAUCGAUCACCGACACCGCCGGCCAAGAGGAAUACCGCGGGUUAUGGACGACAUCGACAUUGAAAUCGGACGCCUUCCUCCUCGUCUACGACAUCACCAACCCGGACAGCCUGGGGGCGCUGGACUAUUUCAUGGAGCUGAUCGACAUGGAGGCCGACCAGCGGGAGGAGGACAACGAACGACUCCUCCGCGAACUAGGCCCUAGCGCACAGGGAGUCGACGUGGGGAUGCCACCGCCGGUCAAGAUCGUGGCGGGCAACAAGUGCGACCUGAAGCAGGGCCGGGCGGUGGGCGCGCGCGACGGACUGGAGUACGCGCGACGACAUGGGUGCGGGUUCAUGGAGACGAGUGCGCGGGAGAUGGUGAAUAUCGAGGAAACGUUUGCCCGUAUGUUAUCUAUCCCAAGGUGCGGUGUCUAAGCUUGUCUCUAACUGCGUGUUGUUGCAGACUUGGUUCGUCGGGUUGUCGAGGCUCGUCGGGUGCAUUA